AUGGCGCCGUCGCUUGCAGGGCGUGUGCACUGGAUACCCGGCGCAAACGGGCUCGCGCGGACAGCGGCAGCCGGGGUGCGAGAGGCGCUCGGAGGGCAGACACCGGGCUGCGACUGCGCAGGCGCCGCGACAGGCCCUAAGCACGUGUGUGGGAGACCGACCGCGGUGAAUACCGAGCAUGCGUGGAGCGGCGUCCUGGGCCUUAAGGAACCGCCACCCCCCCUCCGACUCGAGGCGCCGGCCGCCCCCGAAAUGAGGACCCCGCCGGCGAGCGAGGCCACCCCCGAGGGCACCCCGCAGCCGGCGGGCGGCAGGCUCCGCUUCCUCAACGGCUGCGUGCCCCUCUCGCAUCAGGUGGCCGGGCACAUGUACGGGAAGGACAAAGUGGGCAUACUGCAACAUCCAGAUGGCACAGUUUUAAAACAGUUACAGCCACCUCCAAGGGGCCCAAGAGAGCUGGAAUUCUAUAAUAUGGUUUAUGCUGCUGAUUGUACUGAUGGUGUUCUUCUAGAGCUACGAAAAUAUUUGCCAAAAUAUUAUGGCAUCUGGUCACCUCCCACUGCACCAAAUGAUUUAUACCUAAAACUGGAAGAUGUGACUCAUAAAUUUAAUAAGCCCUGUAUAAUGGAUGUAAAGAUAGGGCGAAAAAGCUAUGAUCCUUUUGCCUCACCUGAGAAGAUUCAGCAACAGGUCAGCAAGUACCCAUUAAUGGAAGAAAUUGGGUUCUUGGUGCUUGGCAUGAGGGUUUAUCAUGUUCAUUCUGAUAGCUAUGAGACACAAAACCAGCACUAUGGAAGAAGCUUAACAAAAGAAACUAUAAAGGAUGGUGUCUCCAGGUUUUUUCAUAAUGGAUUUUGCUUAAGAAAAGAUGCUAUUGCAGCCAGUAUUCAGAAGAUUGAGAAAAUUCUGCAGUGGUUUGAAAGCCAGAAGCAACUUAACUUUUAUGCAAGUUCAUUACUAUUUGUUUAUGAAGGUUCAUCUCAGCCAACCACUACAAAAUUGAAUGACAGAACUUUGGCAGAAAAGUUUUUGUCCAAAGGACAACUGUCAGACGCAGAAGUACUGGAGUACAAUAAUAACUUUCAUGUGUUAAGUUCCACGGCAAAUGGAAAAAUAGAGGCUUCAGUAGGCAAAAGCUUGUCCAAGAUAUAUGCUCAUCACAGAAAAAUGUAUUCAAAAAAGCAUCACAGUCAGACUUCAUUGAAAGUUGAAAAUAUGGAGCAAGACAAUGGGUGGAAAAGCAUGUCACAGGAACAUUUAAAUGGAAAUGUACUUUCCCAACUGGAAAAAGUUUUCUACCAUCUUCCCACUGGUUGCCAAGAGAUUGCAGAAGUGGAAGUGCGAAUGAUAGAUUUUGCUCAUGUGUUCCCUAGCAACACCUUAGAUGAGGGAUAUGUUUAUGGGCUAAAGCAUUUAAUUACUGUACUUCGAAGUAUUUUAGACAAUUGAAUCCUUUGCUGCAGUCUUUUUAAGGGGUGGGCCAGUCAUACUGAAGAGCAGCAGCCACUAUUUCUGCGCCUGUCUUGCUGUGUAAAAACUUUGUGAGUCGAUGUUUAUUUGUCUUUAUACUUUUGGAAGAAAGGUUAACUUUUUUAUAAUCUUACUCAGGAAAACUAAUUAUUUGUUCAUUAGAAAACUAUGAAGAAUAAAGAAACUUAGGAAUGUUAAGCAGGGAAUGUGGUGGUACAUGGCUUAAACAUCUAUUUGGCUCAAGCAAAAUGCAAACCAUUAUUUAGUCAUUGACAGUUUAGUUAGCUUUCUGUAGCCAAUUUAUCAUGAAAUCUCUGUCCACCCAACCUUGACAAUGAGCCAUAUCUAACUAUUACAUUAUUAGAACACCUACAAAACUCUAGAAAGCACAGAUUGAUAUCCUUAGUAUUGCUAUAUAUGAAAUUAUUAAAACUGGAGAAAAUUCUACUUCAGAAAUACGUACUGUUUAGGUUUUAUAUUAAAAGUUGAGACCAGCAUAUCAAAAGGUGCUUCUUAGUGAAAUGAUUUAGAAUUGUUGCAUUCCAAAAGCAGGUUUUCCCUUCAAUUUUCUAUAUAUAUAUAUAUAUAUA